CAUUAGCAGUUUCUGUAUAUUCAUCCGCCUUCGUAACGACCGCCAUUUUGACAAGGGUUGGUUUUAUUCGUGUAUUCUAUCCGCCAUCAUCAAAGAUUUACCAGCCCAAAGUCGGUAAAGAAAAUAAGGAACAACAUCAAACGUAUCCAAAGUUAUGGCGGAUGCAGACAAAUUAAAUAUAGACAGCAUAAUUGCACGACUUUUAGAAGUUCGAGGCUCCAGAUCUGGCAAAAAUGUUCAGCUGACAGAAAAUGAAAUCAGGGGCCUUUGCUUGAAAUCCAGAGAAAUAUUUCUCAGCCAACCAAUUCUGUUGGAGCUAGAAGCUCCAAUAAAGAUCUGUGGUGACAUUCAUGGCCAGUAUUAUGAUCUCCUACGUUUGUUUGAAUAUGGUGGUUUCCCACCAGAGAGCAACUACUUAUUCUUGGGAGACUAUGUAGACAGAGGCAAACAGUCACUAGAGACGAUAUGUUUGCUCUUAGCUUAUAAAAUCAAGUAUCCAGAGAAUUUCUUUCUCUUACGAGGGAACCAUGAGUGUGCAAGCAUUAACAGAAUAUAUGGUUUUUAUGAUGAAUGUAAAAGGCGGUACAAUAUUAAGUUGUGGAAGACAUUUACAGACUGCUUCAAUUGUCUGCCCAUUGCUGCAAUCAUUGAUGAGAAAAUAUUCUGCUGCCAUGGUGGUUUAAGUCCAGAUCUGCAAUCCAUGGAACAGAUCCGCCGUAUCAUGCGGCCCACAGAUGUGCCAGACCAGGGGUUGCUGUGUGAUCUGCUCUGGUCAGACCCAGACAAGGAGACAAUGGGCUGGGGAGAGAACGACAGAGGAGUUUCCUUCACAUUUGGAGCAGAAGUGGUUGCCAAAUUUCUUCACAAACAUGAUUUGGAUUUGAUAUGUAGGGCGCAUCAGGUUGUGGAAGAUGGAUAUGAAUUCUUUGCAAAGAGGCAGCUAGUCACAUUAUUUUCUGCCCCAAACUAUUGCGGGGAAUUCGAUAACGCUGGUGCUAUGAUGAGUGUGGAUGAGACACUUAUGUGUUCGUUUCAGGUGAGAAAAUAUUUAUAAACAAGCUUAUCUGUAAAUGGAAUAUUUUUUGCAUGAAACUGCAGAAAAAAAGCUUUUUCCUUUACAUGCUUUCAGACUUGGCUUUGUAUUGCACAUAUUUUCAUUUCCCCCCAAAAUAUAAGGUAAAAUGAUACAUCAACUUUGAACAUUAUACUGCAGCUUGUUGUCAAAGUAUUUCAUUUUGUGCUGUAAAUGCAUGUGUAUUAUAAGCCUUUGG